AUGGCGCUCCGCGUGGGGGCCAUCUUCGCAAUCCUCGCCGCCGGCCUCCUCGGCGGCCUGCCCCCCAUCCUGCUGCGCCAGUUCAGGGCCUCCGACGCCGCGCCCGCGCGCCUGGCGCGCGCCUUCGGCGGCGGCGUCAUCCUGUCGCUCGCCUUGAUCCACGUGCUCCCAGAGGCCUCCGAGUCACUGGAGGUCCUCACCCCAUUCCCCCUCGGCGCCGUCCUGGCCAUAGCCGGCAUCCUCACCCUCCUUGCCAUCGAUUACUCAGUCACGUCCCUGCUCGCGCCCGAGCCCUUCAAGAGCCAGCUGCGUGCCGCUGUCCGGCUCUCGCGCGCGCCGCCACCUGCUGCAAUCACCGAAAAAGCGGCAGCGCUCGACAGCGAAGCGGCCGCGCCCGCCGACGCUGGCGGCGAGGGGGCGGCGGCAAAUGCCGAGGACGGCUGCCGCGGCUGCGCCGCCGCGACCGCGACGGCGGCGGGCGUGGUGGGGCACGCGGCGCCGCUGCUGCACAGCCACCACCACUCGGCUGGCCACCCGAUCGCGACGCUGCGCCAGCUCGUCGCCUGCUAUACCCUCGAGGCGGGCUGCGUCUUCCACAGUGUGAUCAUCGGAAUUGGAAUAGGCACCAUGGUGGGCUCCAGGCUACAGGGUUUCCUUGGCGGCUGA